AUGAGUUCCACAGGCAAUCCCGUUGCCUCAAUCACCAACAACUCUGGUUCUUCUGUGGACAUAUACGAUGUCUUCAAUCCUAGCACCGACCCCAAGAUGCAGGGGCCGUUGACAUACACCAAACUGGCCACUGUGUCAAGCGGUAGCACCCAGCAGGUACAGACUAUUCAUUUUGCCAGCCAGCUGCAGGCCAUGUUCACGGGCAACGUCACAGCACUGAGCGGCACAUACUACCAGCAGUUUCCUGUGGCCGUGCUGGCGGUCUCCCCUUUUGCUGAUUCAAACGCCUUCACUGUUACUAGUGACAAUUCGCAGAGCAUGGUCGACUCGUUCAAGUUCAUCAAGUACGCCCAGGCGAACCCAUCCUCGCAGCUGGCCACGCAAUUCCGCACAGCCCUGGGUGACACGACUAACCAGAAAAAUGCGGUCAACAAGUUUUUCCAGAGUACUGGCAGCUUCAAGCUGUGCACGCUUACUACCUGGACUGCGGUCUUUACUUGGCAAGCCCAGUUCACGAACCCCUGGCAGGGAACCUACUACCUCUACAGUCUUGAUAAAGUCCCGGCUUUGGUAGCAACGCUGGCCAUUACAGCUAGCGCUGACAACAGCUCGGCUGUGCUGACCAUGGCUGGCACAAACAACGAGAACACGGCGGUAGUCAUGGCAGGUGAUGGCACCAUGUCGGAGCAGAACCAAGGCACCGGCAACCUGUCUGUUGCGCUGACCCCCACCUGGCUGAAUGUAGCCCAGACCAGCCAGCAGGACGGCAAGACCGUGUCCAACUAUGUCAUUGGAGCUGCGUUCACGGGCACCAUCAAUGGGCAGAAGGUGGCUGGCAACCUCAAUCAGCUAGCCAUCCCAGACCCUUCUGAUAACUCCAAGAACGCCAACAACAAGAACACGGCCAACGGGUUCUCUCUUAGCACCCUCGAAGGUUUGAUCGGAAUGUUGACCAGCAUCGGUAUGCUGUACUACAUGGCCAAGGGCCACAAGGAGGCCGAGACCCAGAAGAAGAAUGACGCUGAGAAGGGCUCCACCAGCAAGAAGGACGCUGAAGACAAGGUUAAGAAAGUUGAGCAGGAUUAUCAGGCAGAAUCAGUGCCAAAGGUUCAAGCACAGGCGGAAAAGGUCGAGGCCACUGUGCCAAAGGUGCAACAGGGCUAUAAGGAGGUCGUCCAGGCCCAAGACGUCCAAAGCAAGCAAGACACUAUACGUCAGCAGGAAAAGUCCAUGGGGGAGGUCUUGGAAGGCGGUGCUCCAUCUCAAGCUACCGAGAAUACGGCCAUGAACCUCGCCAAAGCCGACAAGGAAGUUUCCAAGGCGGCGGACCCUAAUACGAGCCCGGCUGAGCGAGACUCAGCUUUGAGUGACGCCUCGACCACUCUGACCAAAACGAGUGAAGAUAUUCAAACAGCUUUGAAGGACCAGGCCGAGGAACUUCCAAAGGAGGAGGCGGAUAAGCUGAAGGACGCUCAAGAUGCAAUUGACCAAGUGCAGGAGGAGACCCAGGCUGAAAAGGAGAACCAGGAGGAGCAGGAGGCGCGAGAUGAGGAGAGUCCGAAGAAGGAGGUGGAAGAAUCUACAUUUGAUCCACCUGAUGGACGAGAGGCACCUACCUUUGAGGGGGGCUUCAAAUAG